AUGGCUAUUCGAGGGACGGCUCCCGAGAAUACCAGGUACCACAGGAUGGUUCGCCGACAAACUUUCGGCGAACGCAUCGCCAGCUUCUUGAACCCGAUGGACAACUGGCUUGCCAUCAGUCUCCUCUUCGAGGAGUUCGAUUGGGAUGGGUUCGGAGAGUCGGUUGCUCUACCAGUGAGCAUCGCUCUCAACGUCGCCCUGAUUGUUUUCAGGGCAUCGUCAGACACUUCGGGAGGGUGGAGGAGAUCGUCUCCUCUUGAGGACGUCCUCCGGGACCCCUCACUCCCAUACACCCCCAGGUCCGCUUCGUGGUGGGGAUACCUAUUCAAUAUCCUGGCCUAUGGCCUCUUCAUGUUCUCGGUCUUCAACACUGUCUACACUCUGAACCGCACCCGCCCGUACAGGAACUUCGAACACUCCGUCCACGGACAGGCACCAACGCCGUCCGCCCGUCGCGUCCGGGUGUACUCACCCACCAACCAGUAUACGCCGGUCCGCAUGUUCAAGUCGGUGUUCCCAGAUUUGGGAUAUAACCAGAACCCUCCAAUCCGUGAUAGUAUCACGGAGGACGAGAUCUGGGAAAUCCCAAAAUGGGAUUACACCAACUUCAACCUGUCGCUGUCCGCGUAUUUCUCGCCCCUCCACUGUGUCGUCAUCUUCUGCCUCCUCCCGUACACGCCACCAAAGACUGGUGGUCUGUUCAGCGAGGCCCCCUCAACUACCUACUCUGCUUCCUGGAUGGCGGUGAUCUGGCAUAUCGCCUUGAUUAACGUUUUUAUCUCGGUUUACCUCCACCUUUUCUUCACGGCCUUUAAGACCCAAAGUGCCGAUGACAAAUAUAUCCACGGACAGGUGCUCCACGAAUACAGCAGGAAGUUUGUUCAACCUAGAGUCAACCCCCAGAUGCGUGAUGCUGGGACCAGUACAGAAAACGGCGGAUACGCGGUCUCCACCCCGGCAGAACAUAAACAUGGUUUCAAGACCCGUCCACAUCCGGCCUAUGAAGGAUAUGGGCCACAGGAGACAGAAACGGAGAAGAAAGCCCGAGAAGAGAGGGAAAGAACAGAACGACGACAAACUAGCGGGUUGUUUAGUCAAUUCAUGACUUCAACCCCGAGCAAGGCUACCACUACGAAUGCUUCUACGACCACUGGCAUGUCUACCGCCAGAAGAGCGAGCGGUAUGGGAAAUGUAUUCGCGCAGGAGAAGAGGAUUCCGGCCUGGACCCCUCAACGACUUAACGCUGCUGGAGUACCAGUAACCGAAUCGCGACAGAGCUUCGGUCUUCCAGGGGCUGGAGCCCCCCGAGCUGUCAACGCUGGAACAAGCACGAACGGAAGAAAGAGUUUUGCUGGAGGAGACUUGAUGACACCAGCCCGCAAAGUUUCUGGAGCUAACCCUGGGUUGGCCACAGGUCCUCGCAGUGUAUCGAAACCAGGGCGGAACGGGAAUGUUUGGGGCGGGGGAGUUGAUUAUGGUGUCCCAAGCCCCAUGAAGAGGGUUAGCCGUCGCGGCCUCUGA